AGUCUUCUCAUAUAUUAUCGUAUUACAGUGGAUAUAUUUAUUUGUAUAGCCUGUAAUUCCAGCACUUGGAAAGACCAGGAGUUCAAGACCAGCCUCUGCUAUGUAGUUAGUAGUUAGGAAGCCAGCUUGGGCUGUUAGGAGAGCGCAUCCAGGACACCCCAAAACCCAUUAUUCGGGUUUGAGACUGACUCCGACCCUUGAGAGCUAUCCAGAAUUUAGAAAUUUAGAGGAAAUUUUGGAGCAUUGAAAGAGUUAAAAUAGAGAAAAUUUUACAGAUUUCAUUUAUGCCUCUGGGAGUAUGGGGGAAACAAGGUGACAUUCUGGCAGCCUCGUAUUUAGGCAAGUCCGCUGGCCUCUAUUAGGCCCUGGUUCUAGCUUCUACAAGAGAAAAGUCCACCUAGAGGAAGAAAGAUAGUAAAUGUGAAUGGGGGAAAGUUCAACCCUUACCUACCUGCAUCAGCCCGUCCCUACGAUUGUCAGCACUGAGCAGGGAAAAGGGACCUCUUAUUCUCGUGACUAUUUCUACAAGAUCGAGAGGGUUCCCGCAGCCCCGGUAUGUGGAAGGCAGCCAGGCAUCCCUUCUCGCCCCGAAGCCAUCCCCGCCUUCCUGGCCUGUCACCCGCACAGCUGGAACGCCGGCGGGUUCUGCAGCAACGGCAGCUCCGGAACUGCCGGCCUCCGCGUCCGCAGCGCCGCCGCCAGCCAGGCUGGAGCCAAGUCUGACCCCAGCGUCUGACCCCAGCUUAUCCAGGAACAAUGCAAACAGAGAGGAGCAUCCAGAGUUUGGGCAGCAGGUACAGGCAAAUCCCCUUUGCGUAUGAUGUCAAGCGACACGUGUACAAUGAGGAGAAUUUCCAGCAGGAACACAAGAGGAAGGCCCCCUCUACCGGAAACUUGGACGUCAACAUCACCACUUUCAAGCACCAUGUCCAGUGUCGAUGCUCAUGGCACAAAUUCCUACGAUGCAUGCUUACAGUCUUUCCCUUCCUGGAGUGGAUGUGUUUGUAUCGAUUCAAGGACUGGCUUCUUGGAGACUUACUUGCUGGAUUAAGUGUUGGUCUUAUUCAGGUUCCCCAAGGGCUGACACUGAGUUUGCUGACAAGGCAACUGGUUCCUCCCCUCAAUGUCACUUACUCUGCCUUCUGCUCGUCAGUUAUUUAUGUAAUACUUGGAUCAUGCCAUCAAAUGUCCAUUGGCCCCUUUUUCCUUAUGAGUGCUCUGAUGAUCAAUGUCCUGAAGGAGAGACCAUUCAACAAUGGUCACCUGAUCAUGGGAAGUUUUGUCAAGGAUGACUUUUCUAAUCCCAACUUCUACGUAAACUAUAAUAGCUCCUUAAGCGUGGUGGCAACUACAACCUUCCUGACUGGAAUUAUUCAGCUGUCAAUGGGUGUGCUAGGCAUGGGCUUCGUGACCACGUAUCUUCCUGAGGCUGCGAUCAGCGCCUACCUGGCUGCUGUGGCCCUGCACAUCAUACUGGCCCAGUUGACAUGCAUCUUUGGGAUUAUGAUCAGUUUUCACGCUGGUCCCAUCUCCUUCUUCUAUAACCUAAUCAACUACUGCAUCUCGCUCCCCAAGGCGAACUCCACCAGCAUUCUGUUGUUCCUUACCGCCGUGGUGGCCCUGAGAGUCAACAAGUGCAUCCGCAUCUCCUUCAACCGCUACCCCAUCCAGUUCCCCAUGGAGCUCUUCCUGAUUCUCGGCUUCACUGUACUUACAAACAAGAUAAGCAUGGCUACAGAAAACAGCAAGGUGUUGAUUAACAUGAUUCCUUACAGCUUUGUGCUCCCCGAGACUCCAGAGUUUGGUGUUCUUCACAGUAUUAUUUCACAAGCCAUAUCUCUAUCGCUAGUGAGUGCCUUUCUGCUCAUAUCUCUGGGCAAGAAGAUUGCCAGAUACCAUAACUACAGAGUCAAUUCCAACCAGGAUUUAAUAGCCAUCGGCCUUUGCAACGUGGUCAGCUCCUUUUUCAGAUCUUAUGUGUUUACGGGUGCUUUGGCCAGGACUAUUAUCCAAGACAAAUCUGGAGGAAGACAGCAGUUUGCAUCUCUGGUAGGUGCAGGUGUGAUGCUGCUCCUGAUGGUGAAGAUAGGAAACUUCUUCCACAAUCUGCCCAAUGCCGUGCUGGCAGGAAUCAUCCUGAGCAAUGUGGUGCCCUACCUUGAGACCAUUUACCACUUACCCGGUCUGUGGAGGCAGGACCAGUAUGACUGUGUCAUUUGGAUGGUGACAUUCUUCUCUGCGAUUUUCCUGGGACUAGACCUUGGACUACUUAUUUCACUCGUCUUUGCUUUCUUCGUCAUCACUGCUCGUUCGCACAGAACGAAGCUCCUCGUCUUGGGUCAAAUCCCCAACACCAACAUCUAUAGGAGCAUCAACGAAUACCGGGAGGUGGUGUUCAUCCCUGGGGUGAAGAUCUUGCAGUGUUGCAACUCCAUCACCUUUGUCAAUGUGUAUGACCUAAAGCACAAGCUGUUAAAAGAGGUCAAUAUGGUAAAGACGCCUCUUAAAGAAGAAGAAAUUUUCACUCUGUUUCAUGAAAGUGAAACCAAUGUAUCGGAACACAAAAUAUGUAGGUGUUUCUGCGACUGUGAAGAGCUGGUGCCGGAGAGCAGGAUUGUCUACACAGAGCGAUAUGAAAACAAACAGGAGCGGGGCUAUUCCUCCACUAACGUGAUCCACUGCUCCUACCUGGGCAAUGCAGAGUCGAGCCCGAGCACCUCUGAAGACCCUGUCCCCUACACAGUGUCUUCCACAUCACAGAGAAAUCUGGGGCAGAACUACGAUGACAUGGAGAAAACCUGGGUGUCCAACAACCCCUCAAGAAACAAUUCACUACCGCCGCCUGAAACCACGGAAAGCUUAGCACAGAGCAAAUCCGUCAUCCUGCCUUACUCAGAUACGGCUCUGCAGAUGAAUAGCCACACCGUCAUUCUGGACUUUUCCAUGGUGCACUAUGUGGAUACUCGGGCUUCGGUUGUGCUGAGGCAGAUGUGCAAUGCUUUCUACAAUGCCAACAUUUUGGUGCUCAUCUCAGGGUGUCACACCUCUGUGGUCAAGUCAUUCGAGAAGAAUAAUUUCUUUGACGAAGGCAUCACAAAGUCCCAGCUCUUCCUCAGCCUCCAUGACGCUGUGCUGUUUGCCCUGUCAAGGAAGCCGCCCGAGCCCUCGGAGUUAAGCGCAGAUGCAACUGAGACAGUGAUGCAGGAAACCUACUCAGAAUCAGACAAGAACGGCAAUCUGAGACAUAAGACGGGUAGCAGCGCCAUAGAAGGUUCUCAGCAUGUGAAUCCCAACUACGGCAAGACCCGUAAGCCCCUUCAGGAUGACUUGGACUUUGACCUGAAUCCCAUGCUGACUUCUGGGCAGAGCAGUGGGAUGGCUCUCAACCUGGACCUGGACCUGGAGUCAGAGCUAGACCCUGAAUCCGAAAUAGAGUCUGAGAUGCAAACCAAGCCUGAGCUGGAGUCAGAGUUUGAGACAGAUGCCCAGACAGAGCUUGAUAUAGAGGAGGAGACGGAGCCAGAGCCAGAGCCAGAUUUAGGGAGAGGGAAGAGGCCCCGGCCUAAGACCAGGACAAGGGCUUCCAGCCCCUGGCGGAACUACUUGAGUGCUUAUCGCUUUGGGUCUUCAGGCUCCCAGUCUCGAGCUCCUCCUCAGACUCGUUCAGCAGAGAAGAAACAGCCACGUACUUAUCCAAACUCCUAAGGCAAAGAGGACGCGUGGUAGGUGAAGUGGAAAUAGAUAGCAAAUCCUUCCUGCCCGUAGGGCAUCACUCCGCAUGAGAUCUAGACCGGCACCAGCCAUCAGUCUGUGACCCACCUCCUGCUGACUUCCUCCUCUGGAUUCUGGGGUCACAUCAAGGUGCACAGUUGUCUCUGAGCUCUGUCUCCAGGCUUCCCAGCUUUGACCUUCAGCAGAUUUCCAGGGAAGGCUCCCCUGCACAUACUCCAGGCCUCUGGGAACUGUGUAGAUUGUAUCUACCUUCCCUUCUCAUCUCUGUUUCCCUUUCUCCAAAGAAAUGAGGCUGGAAUAAAGUAUGUGAC